AUGCCAAAAGCGUUGUCGAUUCUGUAUCUAAUGAUCGUUCUAAGUACGAGGACGAUCCAAGCUCGCCAGGUGAACAAAUGUAGCCUGGCGCGGCAGCUUUAUCGCUAUGGUGUGCCCUACAACGAGCUGCCAGAUUGGCUCUGCCUGGUCGAGGGUGAGAGCUCGUUCAACACGAGGGCUAUUAAUCCAUCGAAUGUGGAUGGCUCCGUUGACUGGGGACUGUUUCAGAUUAACGAUCGCUACUGGUGCAAGCCAGCGGAUGGACGACCGUCCACAGAUCUAUGUCGCUUACCGUGUCGACUGUUGCUCAGCAAUGACAUAAGGUAUUCCAUUGCCUGCGCAAAAUAUAUCAGACAGCAACAAGGCUUCUCCGCCUGGGUGGCAUGGAAUAACCGCUGUCAAGGUGCGAAGCCAAAAGUAAACCGUUGUUUUAGACGAAAGCACAGGUAUUUUGGCUAA